GAAAAAUUGGACCAAUAAUCGAGCUUGCAAAAUUUGUUAAAAACACUCGGACUAGGUAAUUGCUCCAGUCUUUUUUAUCUAUGCAAAACGUAUUUGAGUUUUAAAAUUAGUAUUAAAAAUAACACAGAUGUGUUAAAAGUUGAUGUGAACUAAUCUUUUGGACCGACAGAGUAAAAUUGUUGUUUCUUUCAGGAGAACAAAGAAAAAUAAAGAGGACUUGGAUUACACUUUCUAGGAAAUUUGCGAACGGAUAAAACUAAACCAGUUAUACUUUAAAGUUCUUACUUCAUCAAGUUUCAAGAACAGAGAAAGAAGAAAAUCACAGGUACAAAAACCCUGUGCUUGCUCUCCAUGGAGUUCAUUCCCGUGGCACCACUAAGUUUUCUAGUGGUUUUGUCCACAGUUCUGCUUUCUAGUUCUUCUUCUCCGGCUAAUAAUUUCACCAUAGCAAAGCCCGGCUGCCCGGACCAUUGUGGCGAUGUAAGCAUCCCUUUCCCAUUUGGCAUCGGAGAAGGUUGUUACCUUGAUCAGAACUCCAAUUUCCGCCUCGACUGCAAAUCUUCCGGACCUAAUUUACAGCGCAGUCCCUUCGAAGUUACAAAUAUAUCGCUGGAAGGACAGUUUCGCACCUCAAAUUACGUCGGAUAUGAUUGCUAUGAUAAACAUAACCGAAGUCUCAAGUUCAAUAGUCCAUGGUUCUCCCUCGGGGUCCCCUAUAUUUUCAAUAGCACAGCCAAUAAGUUCACCGUUAUCGGUUGUGAUUCAUACGCCUUUGUUAAAGGUACAAGUGACUCCCGCGAAUACUCUACUGGAUGCACUGCCAUGUGCAAUUACAAGGACGAUGUUGAGGACGGGGCGUGUUCGGGUAUCGGAUGCUGCCAGACAUCAAUACCAAGUGGUGCCUGGCUGAUUAAUGUCAGUUUGAGCAGCUAUUACAAUCACAGCUUUGUCUGGAGUUUCAAUCCUUGCACUUUUGCUUUCGUGGUUGAAGACGAUGCUUUUCAGUUCUUCGCUGACAAUAUCACCAAUUUAGAAAGGGUUGAAGCUCUUCCGGUGAUUGUGGACUGGGUGAUUGCAUACGAAAACUGUUCUGAGGCUAAAAUAAACAAAAGCAGUUAUGCAUGUGGCUUAAAUAGCGAGUGCUAUGAUGCUAAAGGAGCUUUAGGUUAUCGGUGUCGGUGCAAUCAAGGAUACGAGGGCAACCCUUAUCUAGGUUGCCAAGAUAUUGAUGAGUGUGGGAAUCCCUACCAAUGUGGAAAAUAUAGCGUCUGUACUAACAAGGAGGGAAGUUUUGAGUGCAAUUGCAUCAAAGGGUAUUACAAGGACAAUGAUGGUGAUGGACGAUGCGUUGCAGACAGUAAAAAGAAUAAUUGGCCUAUUAUCUUAGGUGUUGGCCUAAGUGGAGGUGCAGUGUCUUUACUGAUAUUUUCAUUUUGUUUCUACUCCGAAUGGAUUAAAAGAAAGGAAAAGAAGACUAGAGAAGAGUUUUUCAAGAAUAAUGGUGGCAUCAUUUUACAGCAAAAACUUAGUACUACUGCACAAGGAGGAGGCACUAGAAUUUUCACACAUGAAGAAUUACAAAAGGCCACGAAUGAUUUUGAUAAAAGCCAAAUCAUCGGCCGAGGAGGAUUCGGAACAGUUUUCAAGGGAGAAUUGAUGGAUAAAAAAGUAGUGGCAAUCAAGAAGUCUAGAGGAGUCAACGAACGCCAAGUUGACCAGUUUAUCAAUGAGGUAAUGUUGCUCACCCAUAUCAACAGUAGAUAUGUUGUAAAAUUGUUAGGCUGUUGUUUGGAGACGGAAGUUCCACUACUUGUCUAUGAGUACAUCGACAAUGGGACACUCUUUGAACAUUUGCACAACAGACUCAAAUCAUCAAAGCUUUCCUGGAGCAUUCGUUUGCGGAUAGCAUCAGAAAUUGCUGGAGUGCUCUCAUAUUUGCACUCCAUCGCCUCGCCUCCUAUAAUCCAUCGGGACAUAAAGUCAGCUAACAUACUUCUUGAUAAGAAUUACGCUGCAAAAGUGUCUGAUUUUGGGACGUCAAGAUUGAUUUUAGCAGAUGAUGAUCAGGUUGCGACAAUGGUGCAAGGCACACUUGGCUAUUUGGACCCAGAAUACAUGCAAACAGGUUUGUUAACUGAGAAAAGUGAUGUUUACAGCUUUGGAAUUGUCUUAAUAGAGCUGUUAACUGGCAAAAAGGUAUUGGAGGCGGAAAAAUUCCUAUCAAAUCAGUUCCUUGCUUCUUUGAAAGAAAAUAAUUUGGCUCGAAUGCUUGAUAACAACAUAUCAUGCCCUGAAAACAUUGAACAACUAAAUGAAGUUGCGAUGAUUGCAAAGAGAUGUAUUAGCGUGAGAGGUGAGGAUAGACCAUGUAUGCGAGAUGUAGAAAGGGAACUCGUUUUAUUGGCAGCAAAAGCCAAGGAAAUAUCAAUUGAAGUUUUCGAGAUUGAUUCCUCCAAAAAUAAAGCCUUGCUUGGUAUGCACUCAAUUGAAUAUGGGAUUUGCGAAGAUUCUGCAUCCACUGGACAAUAUUCUGCCUCUCACUUUACUACACAACAGCCAUUGUUAGAUACUAUAAUAUCCAGUGGUAGAUGAAGAGUACGGAAGCCAUAGUUACAACUCCAAGUAUUCCAUCUGUUCUAAAAUGAUUGUCUAGUACGAAUUUUUAUCUUUUAUUGUAAUUUGUAGUAAAAGUGAAAAUUCAAAUUAGAAAACUAUUUCAGGAUAGAGGGAUUAUAUGUUUUCCUUGUAAACACCAAAUAAAGUACUGUUUGUGUCAGUGUGUAAUUGUCGAUGACCUUGUUAAUGUAGUAGCUGUAGAAAGUUGAAGAUUUACUUGUAUCAUUUACUUGCGUGUUUGCCUUCUAUUGAUUCGGAAAGAUGAUUUCGUAUCAGAAAAAUGUUGAAUAUUUUU